CCACACAUUCUCUUUCACUCCACUUCACUCUCUGGCCUCUGCUGCUCUCUCAUGGCUACAUUUCUCUCUUUUCUUUUCCUUUUCUAUUUCUUCGUCUCCAGUUUGCCUCUUCCAACACGUUCAUCCGAUCAGACGGCCAAAACCUUUAUCUUCCGUGUCGACUCUGAAUCUAAGCCGUCCAUUUUCCCCACUCACUAUCACUGGUACAGCUCCGAGUUCGCUGAUCCACUCCAAAUCCUGCAUGUCUACGACACCGUUUUCCAUGGCUUUUCUGCCACUGUAACUCCAGACCAUGCCGACAAUCUAAGCAAACAUCCUUCGGUUCUCGCUGUUUUCGAGGAUCGUCGCCGCCAGCUUCACACUACUCGAUCCCCUCAGUUCCUCGGGCUUCGGAAUCAGCGCGGUCUCUGGUCCGAAUCCGACUAUGGAUCCGAUGUCAUUGUUGGAGUGUUCGAUACCGGAGUUUGGCCUGAACGCCGGAGCUUCUCUGAUGUAAACCUUGGGCCUGUGCCGUCGCGGUGGAAAGGCAUUUGUGAAACUGGUGUGAAAUUCUCCCCUAAAAAUUGUAAUAAGAAGUUAAUUGGGGCUCGUUUUUUCUUGAAAGGACAUGAAGCGGCAGCGAGAUCGGCUGGGCCGAUAGGUGGUGGAAUAAACGAAACUAUUGAGUUCAAAUCGCCGAGAGACGCGGACGGGCAUGGUACUCACACAGCGUCGACGGCGGCGGGAAGGCACUCUUUCGGUGCAAACAUGGCGGGUUACGCGCCUGGAAUUGCGAAAGGUGUGGCUCCAAAAGCACGAUUGGCGGUUUACAAGGUGUGUUGGAAGAAUUCUGGUUGUUUUGAUUCCGAUAUCUUAGCUGCUUUUGAUACAGCAGUUACUGAUGGUGUUGAUGUUAUAUCAAUCUCCAUUGGCGGCGGCGAUGGAAUUUCCUCGCCGUAUUAUCUUGAUCCUAUAGCAAUUGGGUCUUACGGUGCCGUUGCUAGAGGCGUUUUUAUAUCAUCUUCGGCUGGUAACGAUGGGCCUAAUUUAAUGUCAGUUACAAACCUAGCACCUUGGCUUUGCACAGUUGGUGCCGGAACGAUUGACAGGAAUUUUCCGGCCGAUGUGAUUCUCGGCAAUGGGCGAAGACUAUCCGGUGUGUCUUUGUACUCUGGAGUGCCUCUAAAUGGAAAAAUGUUUCCUCUGGUUUACCCAGGGAAAUCGGGAGUGCUCUCUGCUUCAUUAUGUAUGGAAAAUUCUCUUGAUCCUCUAAUGGUUAGGGGUAAAAUUGUAAUUUGUGAUCGCGGAAGUAGUCCAAGAGUGGCUAAAGGUUUGGUUGUCAAGAAAGCUGGCGGUGUAGGCAUGAUUCUUGCUAAUGGAAUUUCCAACGGCGAAGGUCUCGUCGGAGACGCUCAUCUUAUUCCUGCUUGUGCUGUUGGGUCUGAUGAAGGUGAUGCUGUGAAAGCUUAUAUUGCUUCAACACAUAACCCUACAGCUACCAUUGAUUUCAAGGGUACUGUUAUUGGAAUCAAACCAGCUCCUGUUGUUGCUUCAUUUUCCGGUCGAGGGCCAAAUGGAUUAAAUCCGGAAAUUCUCAAACCGGAUUUAAUUGCUCCGGGUGUUAACAUUCUUGCUGCUUGGACUGAUGCAGUUGGUCCAACAGGCUUAGAUUCCGAUUCAAGGAAAACUGAAUUCAACAUUCUUUCUGGAACUUCAAUGGCUUGUCCUCAUGUAAGUGGCGCAGCCGCCUUGCUUAAAUCUGCACAUCCAAACUGGAGCCCUGCAGCAAUUAGAUCUGCAAUGAUGACUACUGCUAACAUUCUUGAUAAUAUGAAUCGCCGUAUGAUCGACGAGGCUACCGGAAAAGCAUCCACGCCUUAUGAUUUUGGUGCAGGAGGUCUCAAUCUCGACCGUGCAAUGGAUCCAGGACUUGUUUAUGAUAUUACUAACAAUGAUUAUAUAAAUUACUUGUGUGGAAUUGGAUACAGUCCAAAAGCAAUUCAGGUGAUCACGCGAUCACCUGUGACUUGUCCGGCGAAAAGGCCUUUGCCUGAGAAUCUAAACUAUCCUUCAAUUGCAGCAUUGUUUUCAAGCUCAGCAAAGGGAUCAGCAACCAAGUCGUUUAUUAGAACUGUGACUAAUGUGGGUUCUUCGCCAAAUGCAGUUUAUCGCCCCAAAAUUGAAGCUCCUAAAGGUGUGACAGUGACUGUCAAACCAACGAAAUUAGUUUUCAGCCAGGCGGUGAAGAAACGGAGCUUCAUUGUGACAAUGACAGCUGAUACCCGGAAUCUGAUGCUGGAUGAUUCGGGUGCUGUAUACGGGUCAAUUUCAUGGUCGGAUGGGAAACAACAUGUGGUUAGGAGCCCCAUUGUCGUGACUGAAAUAGAUCCGUUGUAGAACAUGGGAAGUUAAAACUUUUGAAUUUGGAUCAAAUUGUUGUUUGAUCGAUGAAGGUGGCAGGUCGUUAGAGGGAUAAAAUAGUAUUUUAAAUAGAAGAAAGAGAGGAGAGUUAAGUAAAGUUAGUAGCAAAACAGUCUAAACUAUAGACUUUGCUUUGGUUUUUUAUUUUUAAUUUCUGUGUGGUGGUGUUUUUUAUUUUUCCCUUUGUUGGUUAGCAGUAGCAGGGCAAAGUUGUUUUUUCUUUUCUUUUCUUUUUUUGCCUUAAAUUAUUAAAUUUGGUUUAAUCUCUCUCUAAUGCAGUGUUGAAUGUAUAAACUCGAAGUUUAUAUACGCAAUAGUAUUUUUAGAUAAUACAUA